AUGGCUUUCUCGGUAAAGGGAUUAGAGUGUGGUGGGAUUUGCAAGAUCAUGAAGCUAAGGAAGAUUUUUACCGACGUGUGCCAGAAGCAUAAGCUUCCACGGGAUGUGCCUCCUGGUCAUUUGCCAGUGAUGGUAGGGAAAGCUGGGAAGAGGAUCGUCAUAAGAGCAGAUCAUUUGAACCAUCCAGUUCUCAGGCAGCUGCUGGAUCAAGCGUACGAGGAGAAUGGCUGGAAUAACGACGGACUGUUGGCCAUACCUUGCGAUGAGCCUUCUUUUCGAGAUAUAAUCCACUCGCUUACGGUUGGGGACGAGAUAUCCAGUUCUCGCACCAGACACCAGAGAAAUCCAGGGGUCCAGAUUUCAGACGGAUUGGAGGCCUCUCCUUCAUGA